GGUUAGAAUUAUAAACUUUAUUAACUGUUCUAAAAGGACGUAUAAUUUAGUUUAAUUUUUUUAAUUACAGAUAUUAUUUUGCAAAUUAUUUUUAGAAGAGUAGAGGAUUAUUUCAUCAAGGAAGAGAUUAAAAGUAAACGUUUAAAACAUUUAUAUGGAUCUGAGAGGAAUCCUUCUCCGAAUUUGUCUCCUGGCUAUUGUCAGCAGCAGUACUGGAACAUAUGACGCGGGUGGUGAAGGAGGCUUAAAUAUUCUGGAAGAAGGGCAGAGCCGACGCCUAGAGGAACAAUCAACGCCUGUGGAACAGAUGGAUUUUCGUGGACAUAACAACCUUACUUCAGAAGAUCCUUUUCCAAUUAACCCUGAUCAUCAAGAACCUGAAUCAGGAGGCUCUAUAAAAAUCGGUCAACGCCAAGAAAAUAACGAUAAUACAAGGUAUAAACCGGUCGAUUUUAUGGCCCAAGUUCCUAAAAAUGAAGUUGGAACUGGUAACGUGGAAGAAAGUAAAGAUAAUAAAGGUCAUAAACCAGACGGUUAUACAGCAAGUGAUUCUAAGCUCGAAGUUACUGUUGAAGAUCAUAAAGUAGCAGAUUCAAUAUCACUUGGUUUAGAGUGCGAACCUGUUAAUUCCAAGUGUCAAAACCGUGAGCCAGGAAAUGGUGAUAAGUAUGAAAGAAGUGAUAAUAUACCAGACCUUCCCAUAUUACUUAAUUAUACGUCCGAGAGUCCCCAGAGUAAAGGAAUAAUAUCAGUAGCCAAUAUGCCACUAGAUCUUGAAUUAAAAUACAAUAAAAUUAAAGUUGAUAUGCCAAAGAAUCUUUCUACAAUAUCAAAACCUGAAAAUACUACCAACAUUUCAUUUCCCUCCAUGUCAUUACCAACUAAUAAUUCUGAAAUAUCACAAAACUCUAUGGCUCUAUCAUUAUCGUUUAGGCAUUAUGAUCCUAAAAUCUCCAUGUCAUACCAAACUAAUCAUCACAAAGAUUCAAUACCCCCCACGCCAUCACAAAAUACUGAUCCCAAUAAUAUAUUUACAUUAUCAUUACCACCUACUAAUCUAGGCUUUUCAUUGCCUCCUACACCAUCACAAAAUAGUAAUCCGAAUUAUAUAACACCCUCUUUGUCGUUACCAAUUAUUAAUCCAGGCUUUUCAAUGCCUCCUACGCCAUCACAAAAUACUAAUCCCAAUUAUAUAACACCUUUUAUGUCAUUAACGAUUACUAAUCCAGGCUUUUCAAUGCCUCCUACGCCAUCACAAAAUAUUAAUCCCAAUUAUAUAACAGCUUCUAUGUUAUUAAAGACUACUAAUCCAGGCUUUUCAAUGCUCCCCACGCCAUCACAAAAUACUAAUCCCAAUUAUAUAAUACCUUCUAUGUCAUUAAAGACUACUAAUCCAGGCUUUUCAAUGCCUCCCACACCAUUACAAAAUACUGAUCCCAAUUAUAUAACGUACUCCAUGUCAUUACCAACGAUUUAUCCAGACAUUUCAAUGCUCCCCACGCCAUCACAAAAUACAAAUCCCAAUUAUAUAACACCUUCUAUGUCAUUAACGAAUACUAAUCGAGGCUUUUCAAUGAUUCCUACGCCAUCACAAAAUACUAAUCAGAAUUAUAUGAAACCAUCUUUGUCAUUACUAACUACUAAUCCAGACUUUUCAAUGACCCUCACACCAUCAAAAAAUACCGAUCCCAAUUAUAUAACGUCCUCCAUGUCAUUACCAACUACUUAUCCAGACGUUUCAAUGCUCCCCACGCCAUCACAAAAUACUAAUCCCAAUUAUAUAACACCGUCCAUGCCAUUAUCAACUACUAAUCCAGGUUUUUCUAUAGCUCCCUCGCCGUUACAAAAUACUGAUCCGAAUUAUAUAACAUCCUCUUUGUCAUUACCAAUUAUUAAUCCAGGCUUAUCAAUGCCCCUCACACCAUCACAAAAUACUAAUCCCAAUUAUAAAACACCUUCUAUGUUAUUAAAGACUACUAAUCUAGGCUUUUCAAUGCUCCCCACGCCAUCACAAAAUACUAAUCCGAAUUAUAUAACACCCUCUUUGUCAUUACCAAUUAUUAAUCCAGGCUUAUCAAUGCCUCCUACACCAUCACAAAAUACUAAUCCGAAUUUUAUGACACCAUCUGUAUCAUUACUAACUACUAAUCCAGGCUUUUCAAUGCCCCUCACACCAUCACAAAAUACUAAUCCCAAUUAUAUAACACCUUCUAUGUCAUUAACGAAUACUAAUCGAGGCUUUUCAAUGAUUCCUACACCAUCUCAAAAUAGUAAUCCGAAUUAUAUAUCACCCUCUUUGUCAUUACCAAUUAUUAAUCCAGGCUUAUCAAUGCCUCCUACACCAUCACAAAAUACUAAUCCGAAUUAUAUGACACCAUCUUUAUCAUUACUAACUACUAAUCCAGACUUUUCAAUGCCUCCUACACCAUCUCAAAAUAGUAAUCCUAAUUAUAUAACACCCUCUUUGUCAUUACCAAUUAUUAAUCCAGGCUUAUCAAUGCCUCCUACACCAUCACAAAAUACUAAUCCGAAUUAUAUGACACCAUCUUUAUCAUUACUAACUACUAAUCCAGACUUUUCAAUGCCUCCUACACCAUCUCAAAAUAGUAAUCCUAAUUAUAUAACACCCUCUUUGUCAUUACCAAUUAUUAAUCCAGGCUUAUCAAUGCCCCUCACACCAUCACAAAAUACUAAUCCCAAUUAUAUAACACCUUCUAUGUCAUUAAGGACUACUAACGCAGGUUUUUCAAUGCCUCCUACACCAUCUCAAAAUAGUAAUCCGAAUUAUAUAUCACCCUCUUUGUCAUUACCAAUUAUUAAUCCAGGCUUAUCAAUGCCUCCUACACCAUCACAAAAUACUAAUCCGAAUUAUAUGACACCAUCUUUAUCAUUACUAACUACUAAUCCAGACUUUUCAAUGCCCCCCACACCAUCACAAAAUACUAAUCCCAAUUAUAUAACACCUUCUAUGUCAUUAACGACUACUAAUCCAGGCUUUUCAAUGCUAACCACGCCAUCACAAAAUACUAAUCCCAAUUAUAUGAGACCCUUCAUGCCAUUACCAACUAGUAAUUCAGGCUUUUCAAGAUCCCCUUCGCCAUCACAAAAUAUUAAUCCCAAUUAUAUGAGACCCUUCAUGCCAUUAUCAACUACUAAUUCCGGUUUUUCAAGGUCACCUUCGCCAUCACAAAAUACUAACCCCAAUUAUAUAGCACCUUCUAUGUCAUUAACGACUACAAAUCCAGGCUUUUCAAUGCCUCCUACAGCAUCUCAAAAUAGUGAUCCGAAUUAUAUAUCACCCUCUUUGUCAUUACCAAUUAUUAAUCCAGGAUUAUCACUGCCUCCUACACCAUCACAAAAUACUAAUCCGAAUUAUAUGACACCAUCUUUGUCAUUAGUAACUACUAAUCGAGGCUUUUCGAUGCCUCCUACACCAUCUCAAAAUAGUAAUCCGAAUUAUAUAACACCCUCUUUGUCAUUACCAAUUAUUAAUCCAGGCUUAUCACUGCCUCCUACACCAUCACAAAAUACUAAUCCGAAUUAUAUGACACCAUCUUUGUCAUUAGUAACUACUAAUCCAGGCUUUUCAAUGCCUCCUACACCAUCUCAAAAUAGUAAUCCUAAUUAUAUAACACCCCCUUUGUCAUUACCAAUUAUUAAUCCACCCUUAUCAAUGCCUCCUACACCAUCACAAAAUACUAAUCCGAAUUAUAUGACACCAUCUUUGUCAUUAGUAACUACUAAUUCAGGCUUUUCAAUGCCUCCUACACCAUCUCAAAAUAGUAAUCCGAAUUAUAUAACACCCUCUUUGUCAUUACCAAUUAUUAAUCCAGGCUUAUCAAUGCCCCUCACACCAUCUCAAAAUAGUAAUCCGAAUUAUAUAACAUCCUCUUUGUCAUUACCAAUUAUUAAUCCAGGCUUAUCAAUGCCCCUCACACCAUCACAAAAUACUAAUCCCAAUUAUAUAACACCUUCUAUGUCAUUAACGACUACUAAUCUAGGCUUUUCAAUGCCUCCUACACCAUCUCAAAAUAGUAAUCCGAAUUAUAUAACACCCUCUUUGUCAUUACCAAUUAUUAAUCCAGGCUUUUCAAUGCCCCUCACACCAUCACAAAAUACUAAUCCCAAUUAUAUAGCACCUUCUAUGUCAUUAACGACUACAAAUCGAGGCUUUUCAAUGCCUCCUACACCAUCUCAAAAUAGUAAUCCGACUUAUAUAACACCCUCUUUGUCAUUACCAAUUAUUAAUCAAGGCUUAUCAAUGCCUCCUACACCAACACAAAAUACUGAUCCGAAUUAUAUGACACCAUCUUUAUCAUCACUAACUACUAAUCUAGACUUUUCAAUGCCCCCCACACCAUCACAAAAUACUAAUCCCAAUUAUAUAACACCUUCUAUGUCAUUAACGACUACUAAUCCAGGCUUUUCAAUGCUAACCACGCCAUCACAAAAUACUAAUCCCAAUUAUAUGAGACCCUUCAUGCCAUUACCAACUAGUAAUUCAGGCUUUUCAAGAUCCCCUUCGCCAUCACAAAAUAUUAAUCCCAAUUAUAUGAGACCCUUCAUGCCAUUACCAACUACUAAUUCCGGUUUUUCAAGGUCACCUUCGCCAUCACAAAAUACUAACCCCAAUUAUAUGAGACCCUUCUUGCCAUUACCAACUACUAAUUCAGGCUUUUCAAGGUCCCCUUCCCCAUCACAAAAUACUAAUUUCAGUUAUAUUAGACCCUUCAUGCCAUUACCAACUACUAAUUCAGGCUCUUCAAGGUCCCCUUCGCCAUCACAAAAUACUAAUCCAAAUUAUAUGAGACCCUUCAUGUCAUUACCAACUACUAAUUCAGGCUUUUCAAGCUACCCUUCUCCGUUACAAACGACCGAACCCCAAACUCCAUUGCUUUCCCUAUUAAUCAAAAAAAUAUAUGGCCAACAUCAAAUAACUUCCCCAUCAAUACAUGUCCCAAAUACAAGUCCUCAAAAUUCAUCUUUACUGGCAAUAAACACAAUUGAUUCCCAAACUCGAUUACCUUCCCAAUCAAGUGUUUCUCAGAUUUCAAACUCAAGAUCAAGAUGCCCUAGUGUGUGUGCAUCUUCGAUACUUACUGCAGCAGCGCAAUAUUGCGAAUCUUUGGGUUGUAUACCCAAUAGAUAUAUAAAAAGCAGUAUGCCUUACUAUCGUGGUACAUCCAGAACACAAACUACUAGACCUAAUAUUUUAACAUUAAAACCUACUGGUUCCAGAUUUAAAAACAGAUUUUUAUUACGUGGUGGUCCUAAAUUUGGAAUGCCAAUACCAAUCAUUGCAUGAAAGUACAUAUAAAGUCAACAUUAAUUUUAAUACUUGUAUGAUUUUCUACAAACCAUAAAUUGUCCCUAUGUUGUGAUUUUUUUGUUUUGAAUAUAAAUCAAUAUUGAUGUGAAAUCCUUUUAUUUUUUCUUUAACACAAAGAAAAAAUAAUUAAAAAUCUGCCUCAAAUCAACCCAUUUUUCUCUUCUCUUAUGAUAGACCUGGAGCCAGGGCCGAAAAGGUUGGUAUAUUUUAAGCAACUUUUUAUCCUGACAGACUGAUAUUACCUUCGUAAUACCUUUUAGGUAAUACGAUGAUCCUAGUCUACCAGGCCGAUUUAAGGUUUAGAAGCAUUUCAAGCUAUCAAAAAUUAAAAAAUUUUAGGGCAUUUUAAGCAAAUUUUCUCUUAUGCCCCCAAAUUAAGUUGACUGGAGGUCGCAGAAAACAUAAUCUGCCAAUCCAAAGUGGUCGAUUACGCCGAGCAGACGCAAAUCAAACCACAUGUUUUGGACUAAAAUUUCGUGCCAUUUUAAACAUAUUUUCGUUUAUACAUAUUAAAACUAGGUUACCUAAGAGUCAAAGAAAACAUAGUCUGCCAAUCCAAAGUAGUAGAUUAGGCUGCUCAGACGCGACUCAAAUACUCACUUUUGGGAGUGAAAUUUCGGCUGAUCGAUACAGAUAAGGCGAUAAGGCUUUCUUUCGCACUGUGUUAUAUUAUUUUGUUCAUUUUUGUUAGUGAUAUUUUUUUUCUUUUCAGUUUUUGUAUUUUAAAACAUAUGUAAUAUUUUUAAAAUAAUUUUGGGGAUUUUGAAAAAAUUUUGCACGUUUAGUUAGCCAAGUGCUUAUCCCUAAGAUUUAAUAAAUUAACCAUUGAUUUAACAGUUACUUAACAAUACUCUUGGCGCAAUAAGGUUGAUAAGAAAGAAAUUAAAAUGUAGAACAACAUUGUUGAAGAAAGAAUCCCCAAAAUGUUUCUGCCAAAACAUCAAGGAAUAGGUCAUCUGAUACCGAAGUUAAAACCAAUGAACGACUUGAAGAUAGUUUAUCGCACGAAGCAAAAGGUUUCCUAAACAACCAAAGAGUGUUUAUCGGAAAUUUCGAUAAAACGGGGGAACACUUCAGCUAGAAAUCACAUAAAUGAACAAAUUGAAAUAUUGAUUGGAAUCAUUGAAAUUAUCAAUAGUAGAACCGAAGAAUAUAGAAAGAAAUAUGAAGGAUACUCAGCCACGAAACUUGUCCAGAGAAUGGUAAAGAAACACUAUGGUCACCGAAAGUUUUUAGAGUCAUGAGAAACCAAAUUAUGAAGAAGCGAAUGUUAAGGAUAUAGCAAAGAGAUAUGUCAACUAAAAAUUCGCGUUUAGUUGACUUGUCUCUCAUGAAAUAUUUAUCGUUCGGAACUCCUUGGAAGCGAAAUGAGUUCUCCCGGACUACAAGUCACAAUUCUGCACAAGGUAUGGAGGUUUAUGGGCCAAGCUCCAUAGUCUUGGAAAAUAAUAGAUCUUCUAAGCCCCACAUGUGGAGUAUCGGAGAAGGCUGAACAUGUCAUUGUGAACUGUACUGUCUUUGAUGUACUGAGGUCCGGACUACACAGGAACACCGAUCUCUUUUUUUCACAGAGAAAGACUUCACUCAGGUAGUGACGGAGCAGAACUUCUCGUGUUAGAAAGAUUUUGUGAACAGGUGGAAAUCAGCACUGGAACAGAUACACUUCAAUCUAGGAAGAAGAGGGAGGCCGCUUCUGGAAGGUCGUCUGAAGACUAAGUUGAAGCAGAAGAUGCUACUACCCUCAUGAACCAGUAUCUUCCUGAAGACAAUUGGCUUUGUUGUUUUGUAAAAUACAAUGCUUUAUAUGGUUAUAUGAUUUAAAAUAUUUUGUAUCAUGCAUAUGUAUACUUUAUAUGUUCAAUAGUAGAAAUGGCAUAAUGCUCAAUGCCACCUCUACAAAACUCUUGUAACCGAAAGGCAUGGUAGAGAUGAAUAAAUAAAUUUUUAAAAAUAAAAUUUUCGGCAAUUU